UGUAAUAAAAAUGGUGCAGCUUUUGUAGUAUAUCUUAUUAACCUUUUGUUUUGGUUCUUUUUAAGAAAAACUCCUAAAAGAAGAAGAUAGCAGCAAGUUGAUUAUUACUUAUUAGUCCCUUAUUAAGUGAUUUAAGAACCAGUGUUAAGUUAGCUAGACACUGGUAGAGAAGUGCAAUCUCUCUCCGUCCCUCCCUCUCUCUCUCGCUAAUGGCAAGUUGUACUAUUCUCUCCCUCUUCACAUUCUUUGUUUCUCUGUCGUAUUUCUACCUUCCUUCAUCAUGUUCCUCCUCCAGAGACUCCUUCGUCUUCGGAGGCUGCACGCAGGAAAAGUACUCACCCAACUCACCCUACGAGUCCAAUCUCAACUCACUCCUCACCUCCUUAGUUAACUCAGCUACCUAUUCCUCCUACAACAACUACACCAUCAUGGGCUCAAGCACACAAGACCUAGUCUACGGGCUGUACCAAUGCCGCGGCGACCUUGCCAUGCCCGACUGCGCCACCUGCGUUGCGCGUGCAGUGAGCCAGGUUGGACACCUCUGCGCCUACACUUCCGGUGGCGCUCUUCAGCUACAAGGAUGCUACAUCAAGUAUGACAACACUACUUUCUUGGGUCUGGAGGAUAAGACUGUAGUGUUGAAGAAAUGUGGACCGUCGAUUGGGUAUGAUGCUGAUGGAAUGAGCCGUAGAGAUUCAGUGUUGGCUGCCUUGGUGGGGUCUAGCGGACCGUACCGGGUGGGUGGUUCAGGGGACGUACAAGGUUUGGCUCAAUGCGUCGGCGAUUUAAGCUUGGCCGAGUGUGAGGAUUGCAUAUCAGAGGCAAUAGGACGGGUGAAAAGUGAGUGUGGUGGCGCAGUUUAUGGUGAUAUGUUCUUGGCCAAGUGCUACGCUAGGUACUCAACUGGUGGAUCUGAUGUUUACACCAAGGUCCAUCAUCAUGAUAAAUCCGCCAGUGAUGGUGAGAAGACAUUUGCUGUGAUAAUUGGAUUAUUGGCUGGAGUUGCCCUACUCAUUGUCUUUCUUAGUUUCAUCAGAAAGAUUUUUGGGGGCAAUGGUAAAUAAAUAAUGAACAUGCAAAGUUAUUGGCUUCCCGAGUGAUCUUGCUUUUGGUUAUCUUUUCUCUUCGUCAUGUCUACUUUCGUUCCUCCAUGUCUUUAUGCUUUAAUUUCUUUGAUUUAAUUACUUUAUGUCUCUCUCCAAAAGUAGAGUUCAUAGAAAAGAUGAUGGAAAUGUGUACGAUGGGGCACUUGCUCAAAAUCAAAGUUAAAAGGGAGGGUGAGAAAAAGAAAGGCUAAAGAUUCCAAUCUCCUCUCCACUUAAACAAAAGUGUGUUGAAAAAAAAGAGAUGCAUAUUCAUUUUGUAAAAGGGCAGAUGAUAUUUUCUUUCUGAGACUGUUUGGUACUUUCUAAAAUGUCACUUUAUAAUUCAAUUGUGUAUGGUUAAUUUCUUCGUCAUGAAGUAUUGCCAUUAUUUAAACAACUUUGUUAUCAUGUCAAAGUUUAACGAGGAAACAAGGAAAAUUUUCA